CUAAGAAUCUUCAGCCAAAACUUAGCUAUGGCAAGUGUGUGCAAUAGUUCAACCCUCAACACUCCCUUUACUUCAUCCACAAAGUCAUCUUCUUUAGCUUCCACUCCUAAGCCCUCUCAACUUUUCCUGCAUGGGAAACGUAACCAAACCUUCAAAGUGUUAUGCAAGGUCUCAAACAAUGACCAAAACCAAAACGUUGAAACAAAUUCAGCUGAUAGGAGAAAUGUGCUUCUUGGUUUAGGAGGUCUCUAUGGUGUUGCUAAUGCAGUGCCAUUGGCAUCAGCUGCUCCUGUACCAGCCCCUGAUCUCAAAUCUUGUAGUAAAGCCGAGAUAAAUCCUGGUGGUCCAGAAGUACCCUAUGUUUGUUGCCCUCCUAAGCCAGAUGAUUUGGACAAAGUUCCAUAUUACAAGUUCCCUUCAAUGACCAAGCUCCGUAUCCGUCCGCCUGCUCAUGCUGCUGAUGAGGAGUAUAUUGCCAAGUACAAACUGGCCACUAGCCGAAUGAGGGAACUUGACACAAACCCUAAUGACCCUCGUGAGUUCAAGCAACAAGCCAAUAUCCAUUGUGCUUAUUGCAACGGUGCUUACAUGAUUGAUGGCAAAAAGUUACAAGUUCAUGAAUCAUGGCUUUUCUUCCCAUUCCAUAGAUGGUACUUGUACUUCUAUGAGAGAAUCUUGGGAUCCCUUAUCGAUGAUCCAACUUUUGGUUUGCCAUAUUGGAACUGGGACCAUCCAAAGGGCAUGCGUUUGCCUCCCAUGUUCGAUGUUGCAGGCUCUUCCCUUUACGACGAAAGGCGUAACCCACACGUCCGUAACGGAACCAUAAUCGAUCUUGGUUCUUUCGGCGAGGAAACCAAAACCACUCAACUCCAGACGAUGACGAAUAACUUAACUCAUAUGUAUCGUCAAAUGAUAACUAAUUCUCCAUGCCCGAUGCUCUUCUUCGGUGCGCGUUACGUUAAGGGAACUGAUCCCAACCCAGGUCAGGGAACAAUUGAAAAUAUCCCUCAUACUCCUGUCCACAUUUGGACUGGUACAGUGCGAGGUUCAGAUUUGGGUAAUGGCGUCAAGUCAAACGGUGAGAAUAUGGGUAAUUUCUACUCAGCUGGUUUGGAAAAAUAUAACCUAUUACCUGUAUAUACAAAAAAAUACAGUAAAAAUACAAAAUCAAAGGUAGAUACACUGUAAUAUGAAAAUACUUACCCCAUUAUCAAUAUAUACAAAUACAACACAAUACAUUAUAAUGAAAUUAACAUACAAUAAGAAUGAUGUACUGAAAUGGAAAAAAUUAAAACCUAUGUGAAAUGAUAAUACUUACCCUAUUAUCAUAUAUACAACACAAAUAUAUGAUAAUGAAUUAACAUACAAUAAGAAUGAUGUAACAUAAAUACAAAAAAAUAUAGUAAACAUACAAAAUCAAAGCUAGAUAUACUGUAAUGUGAAAAAUACUUACCAUAUUAUCAGUAGAUACAGCCCAAAUACAUACAAUAAGAAUGAUGUAAUGUACAUACAAAAAAAAAAUAGAGUAAAAAUACAAAAUCAAAGCUAGAUAUACUGUAAUGUGAAAAAUACUUACCCUAUUAUCAGUAUAUACAACACAAAUACAUUAUAAUGGAAUAAACAUACAAUAAGAAUGAUGUAACUGAAAUGGAAAAAAUUAAAAAUUUAAAACCUUCAUGAAAUGAAAAAAACAAAUAAAAACCUUGGAGUGUAUUGCAUAAUUAACGGGCAUUUGUAGGGAUCUAGUAGCUCAGUUGGUUAGCUACCUGAACUUUCACCUUAUUAGUGAGGGUUCGAAUCCUCACGUUGUAAUUCUCUUCCCAUUUCCCCUUCCCCUACCCCCUAUGUAAUAAUUUUAAAAAAAAAAUAACGGGUAUUUACACAAAGUAAAUAUAAUAAAAUAUACAUAUGUAAAUCUACCACAUAAUUAGGCCAAAAAAGGGGGAGAUGGGUGAGGAUUUAAUUUUGGUA